AUGAUCCACUCUAGAGUUGAGGUGAGCAUCGAAUACGGUCUCACCCGAGUUCACUGCAUCCAGAAUGUUCAACGCGUUUUGGAGUUCCUUCAAUUUCGGAAGGUUCGGAUCGUGAACAUCCGUCCGGAUGAGAUAGUUGAUGGCAAUCCGAAGCUGACCCUGGGUCUUAUAUGGAUAAUCAUCCUUCAUUUCCACCUGUCAGAUCUUCUCCAUUUGCCAUCUGGAGUGGUGAUCGGCACAGAGAAUGCCCUACCACCAGACUUAACAAUUCCAGAAGGUCGACUGCUCCUCGAUAACGGGAGCGGCUCUCUGCAAAGUUUGGCUCUGUUGGAUGAAACUGCGGGUCGAAAUCUCCUCGCGUGGUGUAGAGCCGUGACUACAGGCUACCGUGGUGUAGAUAUAAACGACUUUUCUUCUUCCUGGAGUGAUGGACGCGCCUUUCUUGCCAUCAUCCACCGCUACAAGUGA